CCUCGGCUCUUUAUAAACAUGGCCGUUAAGUCCUUCUCAGCACCAGGUAUUACGUUUGGCUGAAUUUGUUUAACUUUCAGGAAGUCACUGAGGGGAAACUAAGACAGUAACAGGUGGAAAGACAAUGUAGUCACACAACGAACGUCUUUAUAUUAUAUAAUAGUUUUUAUAUAUGCGUGAGCACGACAUCGAUACACUUCAUGUAGGACUUUAUUUCAGCUAGCCAGACAAGCUAACGCCGACGACUCAACCUUAACUUCUGUCAACUUUUUCAACCAGCUACUUGACUGCUUAUCGAAAUGGAGGAGUCCCGUCGCUGGCCCAGACUCUGUCGAUGAAUAUUGAACAGACGGACGUGUUGGAUGUACUCAGCUAAUGGUUGACCUAAACUUUAUUAAAGGCGCCUUUUAGGUUGUUUUUUUCCACUUGCUUGUUCAGGACUGAAAGGGCGGAAAUAAACAAUGUUUUCUGGCAAACCCAUAAAACCGACCUUCAAGUGCUAUCUUCCACCUGUACAGACUGAUGUGAAGAAAACUAUUGAACAGCCUAUUAAAAAAUUGGAGCCGAAGUUACUACAAGGGGAGAUUGUAGUUAAUGAGGUGAACUUUGUGAAGAAAUGCAUCAGUGCUGAAAGCAGCCAGGAUGACCUUUGGGGGAAGUUGAUAUGCACCAACUUUAAGGUCUCCUUCAUCCCUCAAGAUGCCCCAACAAAGCAGAAAUCCAAGCUGUCCCACCUUCUGCUGGGAGAGCACGACAUCCCCCUCACCUGCCUGGAGCAAGUAGUAACAGUAAAUGAUACAAAGGGGAAGAAGAAAGUAUUGGGGUCAAACCAAAAGCUGAAGUUCAACCCUACGGAACUCAUCCUGUACUGUAAAGACCUGCGCAUCAUUAGGUUCUGCUUUGAUGAGGCUGGACCUGAGAGCGCCAAAAAGGUUUGCCUUGCUAUUGCCCACUACUCCCAUCCAGCUGACCUUCAUUUGCUCUUUGGCUUUGAAUAUCAAGGACGGAGAUAUCAUGAAACUAAAGGAGAGCGAGUCAAUGGAUCCAAACCUCGAGGAGGAUUUCAGACCCCAAAUUUUGACCGUCCUUCAGACUGGGAUCGUGAGAUCAAGAGAACAGGAGCAUCAGAGUGGAGGGUUUGCUCCAUCAACGAGGGCUUUGCCAUCUCAUCAAGUCUGCCAGAGUACAUCGUGGUCCCAGUUUCUCUUGCUGAUCAGGAUCUGAAAACCUACUCCAUAUUCCUCCUGGACAGUCGCAUUCCUCAUUGGUGUUGGAAUCACCCAAAUGGAAGCGCUCUGGUCCGCAUGGCCAGCAUAGGUGAUCCAAUACAGCAGAAGAAGAUUGAACAGAGGGUUUUCACCGCCAUCACAAAAAGCCACCCUCAGCGCAGUGAAGUCAUCAGGUCAGAUCUAGACAAGUGUCUGCCCAACAUCCAGGACAUCCAGAGUGCUUUCGUCAGAAUCCGACAGAUCUGUGUUAUAGAUCCUUUUGUAGAGUCUGAUGAGAGAUGGCUUUCAUCUAUCGAAAACUCACGAUGGCUGGAGCACGUCAGAGCUUUCUUGAAACACUCGGCUGAGAUCGUGUACCACCUGGAUGGAAAGAAUGCUUCGGUCAUUCUUCAAGAGGAAGAAGACAGAGACCUGAACGGUGUGGUGUCCUCCCUGGUGCAGCUCAUGUUGGACCCUCAUUAUCGCAGCAUCGUUGGCUUUCAGAGUUUGGUGCAGAAGGAGUGGGUGAUGGCUGGCCAUCGCUUCUUGGACAGAUGUAACCACUUAAAGAAGAAUGAGAAAGAGGAGUCCCCACUGUUCAUGCUGUUCCUGGACUGUGUGUGGCAGAUGAUGAACCAGUACCCAGCAGCAUUUGAGUUCACAGAGACUUAUCUGACAGUACUGAGUGACAGCAUGUGGAUCCCACUCUUCAGUACUUUCCUCUUUAAUUCUCCCAAACAGCGCCGCAAGCACUUGAUGGACUUCACUAAGAAUAAAGCCAUCCCUCAAGGAGAAGACGAGGCUGUGUACUUCCCUCCUGUUUGGGACUGGUCACAGCAGUUCUCUACCAAAGACCAAACUCUCUUUAACAACCCCAUGUAUGUGGGGAAAGGAGCUGCCUGUGUGCAGAACGGGGAAGUGAAAACCUUCAAACGCACAAAGAAAUCCUACAGCUCCACAUUGCGAGGGCAGUCUGCAUCAGUACGUAAUGGAGUAAAGGGUGGUGAGGAUCCGUUUCCCCGACGGGGGUCUCUGAUGUCAGAGCUGAGGUCUGACUUUUCUCCAAUGAAAGACGAAAGCCCAUCAGAGCGCUUCUUCAAGGAUUGGUUCUCCCGACCAGCUGACCAGCAGGGUGUCCUGAUCCCCCUCUUCAUGCCCUCACACAUGGCUCUCUGGAAGCUUUUCUUCCUACGCUGGGUCCCUGAAGCCUGCAUUCCCAAAGGAGGCUCCAUCACCGCCUAUCACAAGCUCUCCCAGCUAGUGGAUGAAAUUGAGAUACUGCAGAGCCACCUCAGAAGGUAUAAGGGACCGAGUCCAGGAGGCACGCCACUCCCCAGCCCAAGUGGGCCCCUUUCAGACCAAAGGAGGAUGUAUUUUAAGGCCAGCUCUCCAAAUGACCCCCCUACACCACCAGACUUCCUCACCUCCUCCUUUCCUUUCUCCCCUAUGGGAAACCUUUGCCGCCGUGGCAUCCACGGGACUCCGAUUAGCAAAUUUCUGAAUGGGGCGAGAAUCUGGCUCUCCACAGAGACUCUUGCUAAUGAUACUAUCUGAUGGGCUUUAGGGCUGACUUUUCUGAGCUCAGUAUAGGCUUGUCUAACAGUUAACCAUCUUAUUUUCAAUGACCUCUUUCUUUAAUACCAGGAACGAAAAUAAGAAAAAGCUACAUUUAAUUUAGACUUAUUAUUGUCUAUCAUUUAUAAGCUAGAAUUUGCACCAUUGAUGCUGCAUCAAAAUUUGAGGUAAUUACUAGACUGAAGUGUUAGAACUAAAUCAAUCUUGUUUAUUACAGUAAAUACAUUCAGAUAAACUGAAACCCAUCUUUCAUAUUUGCCUGUGAGCUUUUACCGGAAGGUCUCCCCUGACUGUGAAGUGUAAUAGUUUAUUUUUACAAGAGGUGUGUUCUAUUUUCUACUUAGCAUAGACCUUUCUCAAGACAAGCUCAGAUACCUGCUGUAUGGCUUUUCAAGAUUUAAUAUUGAGUAACUACACUUCAUGUUUCAGAGCAAUAACUGCAAUUUAAUGAAGUGUGUGUAGCAGUUAUAUCACUUUGUCCUUUGUCACAUUCUUGUUGGUCAGUAAGACUCCCCUACUAUAAUUAAAAAAAAAAAACCUUCCAAAUAGUAAUGCAUAUAAUUAAAAAAAAAAAAACUAUUUGCAGCAACAAUGAUGCAUUUUAAUGAACACUGACUUCAAAUAUCUCAAUGCAUUUGUAAUUUUGGGUAAAUAUCUAUUUUUAAUAACAGAAAGAGGAACAGAAAAUAACAUUUCUGAACAGUACGUUUUAUAUGAUAAACAAAUAGGAACUGGCCUGGUUGAAUGUAAUGUUUCAUUUUCUCUCUUCUUCUUUUUUGCACAAACUUACUGCUAUUAGCUCCAAGUGCCCAUCUUUUUGGCUGUGUAGGGGUUUCACUGAAAGUAGCAGAUAGUUUGAUUCAGGGUCUUAAUUCUAAUGGAGCAGGCAAUACUUCAUGUGGGAAGUGAAGCUGUGAGGGCUUAAAACUGUGGUAGAUAUUUCCCUCUCUCUUUUCAGGGGGGGGUUCAUUCAACUUUUUAGAGGCCUUCUGGUAAGGCACUGAGGAGAAACUAUUCAGCUUAAUGGUAGCUGAAUUGCUGUAUAAAUAAAAGCAAAGGGACAGAUAAGGGCUUUGACUUAAACCAAUUUCUAGAUUAGCAUGUAAUGAACUACAUUUCUGGCACUGAGGUUGAUGGGUAAAUGACAGGUGACACAGUUUCAAAGCAGCACACAUGACACAUUAGAAAUGAAUCACUUGGAUGGCAAGUUUCAUAAGUAGACCAAGUGUGUAAUUUGGAUUUAAAAAAAUAAAAUCUCAAUAAGUGUCUGUCAUCGCCUAUACACAGUCCUGACAGGCUGUUUGUGCACAAGGAAUGAGAUCAAAAGGAAAAAGACAAACUGUAUACACUGUUAAACUGCAUGCAGCUAUGACAUCACUUAACAUUAAAUUAGGCAGUAUUUAUUUAUUUUUAUUAUUUUUUUUGUCAGAUGUAUCGAUCAAGCUAAACUUUCAGUGUGCUGCAAAGAUUCUGCCAUUUGGACACCCUUAAAAGUACCCGCCUGAGUAGUUCACCUGCUGCUGAACUAGGAAGUGGUUUGAGAUGCAUCAGAGGAGAUGUAACGGUUGUCCAGUGCCUCUUUAUAACUGGUAUGCAAAUUAGCGCUGUUAAAAGUGUCUUAAAAUAACAGUUUUGCAUUCACUAUGAAGCCCUGCAUCAUUUUUAUUACAAGACCACUGGACAGAGUGAUGUCAAUGCAUGUCCUAAUACACAGGAGCAUCGAUCCUGGGAUGCCAGAAUUAUCAGCUUUUUUAUGAUAUGCAGAUGAACUCUUGAUUCUUUGGCAAUAACUAGUUCAGGUGUUUUCUGGUAUAGACGUUUAUAGUGCGAGUGCAGAACCUGCUCUCUCAAUGCUAAUAGUUGCACAUUUUACUCAAUAUAUAGGAUAGUUUGUUUUAAGGUGGUUGUUGAAUAUAAUUUGGCAAAUAUCAUAAAUACUGUAUAUGCUUGAAGUCUUUCAAUUAAUAUUUUUGAAUAAUGGUACUAAAUAUCUUUUACCUUUGAUUUAGUCUUUGUUUUAUUUUCCUGAGAGAUAUUUAUAUGCUUUGUGUUUCCACUAAUGAACAAUGUUGCACUCUGCUGAAACUGCAUGAUGACUGUGAUUCUGAUGUGAUUCUGAUGUGACACAGUUUGAUCUUUGUUAUCAGCAGAUGUAUUUAUUCAGUUAUGCAAAUGUUCUCUUAUAGGGAUGCAUUUUCUACUGUACAUCCCCUGUGCCUUUUCUGGGAAGAUUGACCAUUUUUGUAACUAUAUUCUAAACCUGUUGACAUGUAUUUUUUUCUAGAAUUGUUGAUUUAUCUAUUCUUUUAAACCAGUUUAAUUCAGAGGUCCUGCACUUAAGCUUCUUUUCCUAACAGAAGAUAAGGCUGAAUUGCCUACCAUUAACUAAUCAUUACAUUAUUUUUCAAAUGAA